AUGGCCAAGAAGGUUAGAGGUUCACAAUAUUCUUGGAUUGAGGUAGCUCCGGCUCCCAUCAUUUAUCCUCACAAGCCUUCAAAUUCUCCCAGUUUGGAGACAAUAGCCGAAGAGGGAAGGAUUAAUUUGUUUUCAAUGGCCAAGAAGAUUAGAGGUUUCCGUUCUUGGAUUGAAGUAGCUCCAGCUCCCAUCAUUUAUCCUCGUAAGCCUUCAAAUUCUCCCCGUUUGGAGACCAUAACCGAAGAGGGUAACGAGGAACACGAUGAAGAAGAUUCAUAA